AUGCUCCUCCUGCCGCGGGACUUUAGAGGCUACCCCCACCUCCUCCAUACUUCCACCUCCAUCAAUACCCCCACCACCUCCAUCACCUUCACCACUUCCACCUAUACCCCCACUACCUCCAUCAGUACCCCCACCUCCAUCAAUACCCCCACCACCACAACCUCCAUCAGUACCCCCAUCACCUUCACCACCUCCACCUAUACCCCCACCAUCUCCAUCAAUACCCCCACCACCUCCACCUAUACCCCCACCACUUCCACCUAUACCCCCACUACCUCCAACAAUAUUCUCUUAAUAAAGGUGGUGCACAGGUUUCGUCAGGGAGGCUUCAACACGCUGGUGUCGACCUGCGUGGGGGAAGAGGGGCUGGACAUCGGAGAGGUGGACCUCAUCAUUUGCUUCGAUGCGCAGAAGAAUCCCAUUCGCCUUGUGCAGCGGAUGGGACGUACCGGCCGUAAAAGGCAGGGACGCAUCGUUGUCAUCCUGGCUGAAGGACGCGAGGAGAGAACGUACAACCAGAGCCAGAGCAACAAGCGCAGUGUUUACAAGUCCAUCACUGGCAACAAGAGUGGCUUCCACAUGUAUCCCAACAGUCCCCGCAUGCUGCCAGAGGGAGUGAACCCCACCCUGCACAAGAUGCACAUUACCUGUGGCCAGUUUGAAAUCAGGGAGAGCAGCAGGGCGUCCGGCGGCGGUCGACGGUCCCACUGUGAGAGACGGAGCUCCCUCAUCCACCCUCAGAACUUAUUUCAGCAGAGCAGGUCAACAUCUGACGGGUUUCUGAGCAGUGCGGAAUAUUCCCUGUGGGCGUCCACCAUGAGGCUGCAAGAUGAUGACGCUCAUCCGACCCUGAAGCAGUCACACUUUGUGUCCAUACCCAGUGAUCGACCGCCUCAGAAGGAACUUGACAAAAGCUGCCCCCCGUCCAGAGAGCUGUCUUUGUGGGAAUGGAGACACUGGCAGCACAAAGUGUUGCCCACCCAUGUCGUCGAUCACUCCCUCCGCUGCCGCCACUUCAUCCAGGUGAUGGAGCUCGUAGACGGCAUGAAGGAGGAGAACGAGGGGGAGUGCCAUUACGAACAGGAGCUUCUUCCUUACCUCCACAAAGCCGACAAAGAUGGCGACAUGAGGAAAGGACAGAAGAAGCAGAAGAGCGUAAACACCUGCGCUAAAACACUCAAACCUUCUCAUUCUACAUCGUCUGAUCUGGAGUGUAUCGAGGAACUUGAGAGCGACUUCACAGAUCACCCAGGGCUUGAGGCUAUUUGUCCUCUCCCUUCAAAAAAUGACUGUCCAGAAGCAGACAUGGAUGAUGACUGUGUCAAUAUUAACGAAGGUGUCAUAAAUUCAGACAUUAUCUCACGGCUGAGUACAAAAGUUGAUGAGGAAGAAGAUGUUGAGCUUCAGGCCAUGUUCUACCUUCCAAAGUGGGAUUCAGCUCCUCCUCCCUCCUCUGCUGAGCUCCUUCCGGGGACAAGUGAGAGUCUGAAGGUCAUUCUGGCUCACGUGGCCGAGCUCCUCUCUCGAUCUCCUUCAUUGCCGCCUGCAGAGUUAGAGGCUGAUAUGGCGACUCCGUCACUUCCUCCCUUUCAUCAGCAGCUUAAUCAACCAUUUCAGGUCAGCUUUACCUUGGACAUAGACGAUGAUGAUGAAAUGAUGAUGAGCAACGCCGGCAAUGCCUCCCAGAGGGCAGACUCAAACCAGCCUCCAGCGGGUCAGGAGGUCAGUAAAAACUGUAGUGAUCUGCUGCAUGAGGAGCAUCUGCCUGUUCGUGUAGCAGCCAACAGUCCAACCUGGGAUGAGGUGUUUGGGGAGGAAGAAGCCAACAUCGAGGCAGACGAGGAACUGUACAAUAACUUCAAGAAGCAACAGAUUGGCGAGGAAGCUGAGAAGAGCCAGAAAAUAAAGAAUAACUCAGACAACACGAGCGAGGAAAAGGUCAGCUGGGAUAAUGUGAGGACUGAGGAAACGCCACACUCGACGGAUGGAGGUGUGAACGACGACAGGGCCUCUCGGUGCAGCCCUCACAUGGACGACAGCAUGGAUCUGUUUGGGGAUGACGAAGCCUUCCUGCAAAUGACUAUCCCCGACAUCCCCACUCCUGGAGUCACACCCAGGACGUCCCCUUGUGCCAGAAACGUUCCCAACAGCAUAAAAAGGAAGUCUGACACGUCACAAAUGCAGAACACAACACAACCGUUUAGCACUGAGCACACAGCAGACAGCAGACAAAGAUUAAACACAAUGCAAACGGAUGAUUUAGCAUGCACAAAGCAACUAACUCAAACUCUGCAUGCCAAGCAGACAACUCAUGAUGCAGCCGCUUGCAACACUGGAGAUAAGAUAAUUUCAGCUCACUGCAAAUCUCCCACAGUGCAACAAAACGCUGAGUCAUGUGAUAGUUCCCAUGACUACUUCUCUGUCAACUUUGACCUUGGUUAUUCCCUGGAGGACUCAGGAGACGAAGCAGACGUAGAGGCCGUUCCUGCCUCGUGUACGUUGACCUCUCCAGAGCCUAAAAAGCAGAAAGCUGACUCCCCAGUGUCAUUGCUGACCGUUUCUAACUCCUCCACUCCCUAUAACAGCUUCACUGCACAGAGAAUCCCUGCACAGUGCCGUGAAUCUAAAUUGUCCACACCCCAAAUUUUUUCAGAGCAGAGGAACAGAGAAAUGUCGCCUUUUCGGAUGUUUAAGAGUGGUGCUCUCCCUUCUCCCAUCACAUCAGUGGGAGUGAGGAGGACGCUCAUGCCAGGUCCAGCCAGGCCGCACACACCCUCUUUGCUCUCCAGCUCGAAAUGUAAACGACCAGCAGGUUGCCCCGCCGAGGUCAAGGGAGGGUCAGGUGCGGAGAACAGGUCACUUCAGAAAUCGGUUUGUGUUUCUGACUCACCCCCUCAUCCAGAGCAGUCCAACAGUGACAGUGAAGAGGAAGUUGUGGUUCUUAAAAGAAGACAUCAGGAUGUGUUCAACACUUUGUCGUCCCCAGAAGUGUCCAAGAUCAGUGACGUGGACUCUCCGGUGGUUGUGAACAGGAAACGGGCAGCUCCUCUUAACACUUCUGAUGAAACAGAGGGCGAAGCUGUUUCUGAUGAUGAUUUCCAGAACGAGAAAGUGAUUGCACACAGAACCCCAGCGCAGGGAGCCGAGAGGAAACGAGUCAAACGGGCCGAAGCCAAGCACGCCGUGUGUCACAAAGUGCGUCAGUUCCUGCAGGAGGAAGCGGAGCUGUCGGAGGAUGAGGAGGGGGCAGACGUGUCGUCUGAUGAAGAGGAUGGAGAGGAUCAGAACCAGUCUCUUGAUGGAUUUGUGGUCAACAACACACACUUCUCUCAGGGACUGAAUGACUCAGAGAUGCAUGGGGUUUACCUGAAGUCAGUGAGAAGCCCUGCAGUCCACGGCAAAUUCAAAAUGUCUUACAGAACCCAUCGCACUGACAUCUUUUCCCAGGUGCCUGAGUUGGAUGAAACGUAUGCCGAGGACAGCUUUGUGGUCGGCAGUGAGGUGGAGGAGGUGGAGAGCAGCGUGGAAGAGGCUGAGGACAUCGAGCUCAUGCCUGAGGACUCGUACGUAGAUGGUAGGAGGCAGUAUGCCACCAGGCGGCGUGUUUUCCUGCACAACGUCAGGGCGAGAGACAGACCCGGCGCUAAGACCGGGGCCGAAGCUUCUUCAGAGCAGAGAGCUGAGGAGAAAACCAAGCGUACCCGGAUCAUACGUGUGAAUGAUUCCAGUGAUGAGGAGACAGGUGAAGUUAGCGAAGAGAGAAGCCUUACCACAGGGGGCAGUGUUGCUGUCACCUCGCAGCAAAAGGCAGCACAGCUGGAGCCCAGCAGACAUCAGCAGCAGCAGAAAGGCCCCUUCUCCUCAUCUUCAACCAUCGCAACCAAGGUCUCACUGUUGAGUAAACGACAAAGGAGCUCGGAGAGUGAAGAACAGCUAAAUGAGAGGUGUCGCCGGAGGUUAGAAAAUCAGCAUCUCCUCUCUGAUGAGCUCGACUUUGAGAAGUCAGUGUCGCAGAUAACCUCCAAGAAUCCGCCCAAGGCCCCACCCACCCCCUCCUCAGUGCCUCAGCCCCAGGAGUCCGUCUGUCAGGGUGCAUCAGUGAGCGAGGCCCCUCCUCCUCCUGGGCCUGUUUGCAUUCUUGUGGACAGUCGCUGCAUCAGUACCGGAGUGGAGUUGAUGACCAGCCUGCGUCAGCGCCACGCAGCCACCGUCCACGUCUGCUCCCUGGACGGCAGCUACUUCAUCGUCAGCAACCGCAUGGCGGUGGAGAGGCACAGCCAGUCCGAUCUGGCAGCAAUGCAGAACCGGAAGCGAUUGGUCGAAAGAGUGAACAGCUUACAGGGAUUGUUUGAGCGCGUUUGUCUGAUUGUGGAGAAGGACCGAAGUAAACCAGGUGAAGCAUCACGACCGUUUCAGCGCACGCGUUUCUAUGACGGCACGUUAGCGGGGCUGGUGCGCACCGGGGUUCGCCUGCUGUGGAGCAACGGCGCCGAAGAGAGCGCCGGCUUGCUGGCGGACCUGGCUCGGCUGGAGCAGCGUAAAGGUCAGGGCAUCAGUGUUCCGCUGGAGGUCAAAGGGCAGCACAGGCAGCAAGCCCUGCAGCUGUACCUGAGCCUGCCUUCAGUCAGCUUCGUCCACGCUCUGAACAUGAGCCACAACUUCAGGUCCAUCGCAGAACUAAUGAACAGCUCCAUUGAAGCGAUACAGAAAGGAGGCUGUAUGAGCACAUCCAGAGCUGAGGAGAUCUACCGGUUCCUGCGCUACCCUUGUGACACUUUCCUCAUGAACACAUCAAAAGCAGGAAAAACCAGUUAGCAGCCUGGGCAGGCAGACUGUGGGAACUCCUCCCUCUCCAUCAUUAAUCACCAACAAGCUCCUUUUAUUUCUUCCUGUUUCUCCACUUCGUCCAUCAUCUUUCCUUUCUGCCACAGUAUCAUCAUUUUUCUCUGCCCUUUGUUUUUCCUUCCUUAUUUACGCUCCAGGGACCAGAGGACGACAGUAGAUCAGCUGCAUACGGUGGCCGCACAAUCUGCUGUUGUGUCUGAUUGAGAGAAGAGCCUCAGGAUAAUGACUCAACCAUUUUGCACAAGAACUUGAGGGGAAACCCCGCUCAGCUUAAUACUUUAUGUAACACAAUGGGACAUACAUAAAGCCUACUGUCUAAUUUAUGUUGUCGUACUGGGAGUAAUCCUGUCAGCAACACUGUGAUCAUAAGAACCAAGAUCUGCAUCUGACACUUGAAUAACUUAUUGUUUAUGUUAAAAUAAUGGACACAUACAGAUAUUGUGUUGAAUUUGUAAAAUAAACAGUGAUAUAUUUGUA